CAGCCCCUCCGCCGUCCAGGGCCCCCAGCCUGGCCCUGGGGUGGCGCACGUGGGAGAGUUGGGCAUGGGCUGCCCAGGUGUGCUGAGAUUAAAAUUGCCUUGUGGUUUCUCCCUGCUCCGCCGGGUCCUGCCAGAGCUCAGAAGCUCCGGAGUGUGAAGAUUGAGCAAGGGAAGCUGAAUGACCAGACCAACACGCUCGCAGACCUGGCCAAGACCCAGAAUGUCAUGUACAACCUCAUGUCCGAGCUGCACGCCCAGCACGAGGAGCUCGAGGCCCGCCUGGCUGCCCUUGAAAGCCGCCUGGAUGCAUUGGGCGCCUCCCUGCAGGCCUUGCCGGGCCUCAUCGCCCAAGCCAUACGCCCGCCUCCACCACCCCUGCCUCCCCGGCCUGGCUCCGGCCCACUGGACCAGGUGGCUCGGAGUCCCCCACACCGGCGGCCACCCACGGCCCCUUCAGACUGCGGGUGACGGCUCUGCCUGCCACCAGACUCCUCAAUCUUGGCCAUCGUGUGGCCGCCACCUCCAUGCCACCCAAGAAGCCCUGUACAGUGGCGCCUCUUGGAGUUCAAGGAGCUGAAACCGAGUUGGGCUGAUUGGACUGGGGCCCGCCAGACUGUCCGGGCAGAGGGCAGGGCCGUAUAGCAGGCAAGGGCAGGGGCGGGCCACCACUGGCUUCCCCCCUGAUUGGAGCUGGGAGAGUCCGGAGCUUCCUCUGGUCCUCUGCCACCCCCAACCCCUGGCUCUCCCCAGGCUCCCGGUGGGUGCGGAGCAGCCAGGAGAGGGGUCCUUGCCAGUUCCAAAUAAAGCAGGA